CAAAAAGAUAAGAAAUAAAAUAGCAAAAACGAGGAAGAGAAAAAAAGGAGAGAGAGAGAGAGAGAGGGGGGUAAGGUAACUAAGUAAAGAAAAGAAAAGAAAAGAAAAGGAGGAGAGGCGCAUUGGUGCUUCUGUGUGCCAUUUUUACAAAUAAACACCCAAUUUUGAUGGCCAAAAGGCCAUUCCUCUUCUCCCACCCUCGUACAACCACCCAUACUCUCUUCCUCUCUCUCUUCUCUCUCACUCCAAACCUCUCUCUCUCCUCUUCCUCUCUUUCUCUCCGCCCCAUCUCUCUUCUCCGCCGAAUCUCUUCCUCCUCCGCCUUGCUCUCUUCGCCCAACCACCAUCGCCAGAAGCCUUCUCACAACCGCCUCCCUCCGCUUCCUCUCCUGCCGGAAAACCUGGCGCAGAAGAUCGGUAAAUCGAUUCGCCGCCCCGGCGCUGCCUCCAAGGCUAGGGUUUACUCCGAUGUUAACGUGAUUCGUCCCAAGGAGUAUUGGGACUAUGAAUCCCUAACCGUUCAGUGGGGGGAGCAAGAUGAUUAUGAGGUGGUCAGGAAGGUCGGGAGGGGAAAGUACAGUGAAGUUUUUGAGGGGGUUCACUGUACUGAUAACGAGAAAUGUGUAAUUAAGAUUCUCAAACCUGUGAAAAAGAAGAAGAUUAAGAGGGAGAUCAAGAUACUACAGAAUCUCUGUGGAGGGCCAAAUAUUGUGAAGCUGCUUGAUAUUGUUAGAGACCAACAAUCAAAGACUCCGAGCUUAAUAUUUGAACAUGUGAAUAAUACAGAUUUUAAAGUGCUUUAUCCAACACUUUCAGAUUUUGAUAUUCGUUACUAUAUAUAUGAACUCUUGAAGGCUUUGGAUUAUUGCCACUCGCAAGGUAUUAUGCAUCGAGAUGUGAAGCCACACAAUGUAAUGAUUGAUCACGAGCAGCGUAAGCUUCGUCUCAUAGAUUGGGGCCUUGCAGAGUUCUAUCAUCCCGGGAAAGAAUAUAAUGUUCGCGUUGCUUCAAGAUAUUUUAAAGGACCUGAGCUUCUCGUUGAUUUACAAGAUUAUGACUACUCUCUAGACAUGUGGAGUCUUGGUUGUAUGUUUGCCGGCAUGAUAUUUCGUAAGGAACCGUUCUUCUAUGGGCAUGAUAACUAUGAUCAGCUUGUCAAAAUAGCAAAGGUACUGGGAACUGAUGAAUUAAAUGCUUAUCUGACGAAGUAUCGCAUAGAGUUGGACCCACACCUUGCAGCUCUUGUUGGAAGGCAUAGUCGGAAAUCUUGGACAAAGUUUAUGAAUGCUGAUAAUCACCAUUUAGCAGUACCUGAGGCAAUUGACUUUGUAGACAGCCUUCUACGAUAUGAUCACCAGGAGAGGCCAACUGCAAAAGAAGCAAUGGCACAUCCUUACUUCUUGCCCAUUAGGAAUGCAGAAAGCAGCAGAUCUCGCACACAGUAGAUCGUAAUGUGUCUAUUAUGACCUGAGUUUUUCUUUAUCUUCUGAAUUGUUUUAGGAUUUUUCUUUGUUUGGCUUGUUAUAAACUCAUAUAUUCUUUUUCACUUCAAAUUUUUAAUAUCCAUCUAAAACUUAGAUGUAAUUUUUCCCCCGAAUUUGUGUGCUCCUCUUUAAAUUGUGAAUUAAUUACAUGAUUCAAGGCAAA